GGAGUAUUAUAGUCCUGGACAGGUCAAGCGUGGCAGCAUUUACCUCUUUGUCAGUCCUGUGCAUCUUCGGAGGCAGUUUAAUCGGCGAUUUAGAGACCAGUGGCAUUUGGUGUAGAGCUGUAUCCUGUAACAAAACAAGGUCUUAUUAACCAGUUUACUUGGGCGAACCCCUGUACAGAUGGCGCUGGUUCUUCAUCAGAUGCUGAAGGUGGCGCUCGGCCUACUGGCUGCUGGCCUUUUGAUCACACUUGUUGGCUCAAACACCGACUACUGGUUUGUGGGCAGCGGCGUUCAUUAUGGACUGUGGAAUAUCUGCUCCGCACUAACGUGUGUGGACUUAGCUUCAGUCGUUAGUCCCGUACCGGGUCAUGUUCACUUUGCUCGGAUCGUUUGCAUUGCGUCGGCCCUGUGCUCAGUAGUGGCUCUGGUGAUGUUGCUGCUGUUUGGAAAUAAGGCCCAGCGUAAGACUUACUUGAAUGUGGCCUAUGGAUUGGCACUUCUUGCAGGUAUCUUCUGCCUUGUGGCAGUUGCAACAUACGCAGUGAAGGAGGUGGGAGGUUCAAUAAAGCUUGCAUGGAGCGCUGGUCUAGUUGUCUGGGGAGGGCUUUUGCUCAUCGCCAGCUCCAUUUGUAUUAUCGUGCCUGUCACCAGAGGUCUCAUCCAGUUCACAGAGAUGUAAACUAUGGCAUUACCCAUCACCCAUUAUGUCUAAGUGCUUUUCACAAUAGGUCGUAACCUCCACUUAAAAAACGAGUGCUAGCCAUUUGUAGUCUUCUUCUCUCUACAAAAGCAGUUCGACACCUCACCUUUUGAUGUUUAUUAUGACAAGAAACUGUGCUACACUUAUUUAAGUUUCUUAAGGUAAUUAUGUUUUAUUAUGUAAUUAUGGUUUGCUAGAUAACAGUUUCUGAUAGUUUAUAUAUAUAUAUGCUAGUAUACUUGCUCUUUUCUUCAAAUAAAGUUCGUAUGGUUUAACAA